CCCUUGUGAUUGGUUAUCAGAGCUCGUGAGGGCGUGGCUCUUGUUUCCCCCGAAUGGCGGUGUCCUCCUUUCCCCCUGUGCUCUGUGCAGCGCCGAGGCCGCUGCGGGAGUUUCGCUUCCUGCUUUUCGCCAUGAUGAACAAAUGAACUCGCGGGGAAUGAAAUUUAAGUUCCAAAAAGGGGAGAAAGUUCUCUGCUUUGAACCAGACCCGACCAAGGCUAAAGUGUUGUACGAUGCCAAGGUUGUUGAUAUUGUUGUCAGCAAAGAUGACAAAGGCAGAAAAAACCCAGAGUAUCUGAUCCAUUUUAAUGGUUGGAAUAGAAGUGAAGGCAUUACCUUGGCAGAGGCGGAGUGGUGCCCUGGCCAAGUAGCUGCUUCUCCAUUACGGCUGCCACAAGACUUGCACUGCAGUUACCGGCAGUUAUUUCCAAGCUGGGAUAGAUGGGCAGCAGAAGACCAUGUUCUUCGUGAUACUGAUGAAAACAGGCGUUUACAAAGAAAGCUGGCAAGGAAAGCAGUGGCCCGCAUGAGGAGGAAAGGAAGGAAGAAGAGACGGUGCCGGUUGCCUGGGGUCGACUCUGUUCUAAGAAGUCUUCCUUCUAAUGAAAAAGAAGACAAUGAGGAGCAUUCACUGAGCAGUUCAUCAGAGGACAGUGAGGAAGGAACGGAUGAGGAAAUAAAAAGUGAAGAAAGUGACUUUGAAGAGAAGGCAGAAAUGAAAGAAGAACAAGAAAUUCUCUCCAAAAGGGACAUGGAAGAAAAAAGCAUUGUAAUUGAAAUACCUGAAACUUUGAAAAAGAAGCUGGAAGAGGAUUGCUAUUACAUAAACAAACGCAAACGGCUUGUGAAACUGCCUUGUCAGACCAACAUCAUCACUAUUCUUGAGUCGUACGUCAAACACUUUGCGAUAAACGCAGCAUUUUCUGCAAAUGAAAGAAUUAGACAUCAUCAGACCACAUCAAAUGUCAACAUGAAUCUCCACUAUGUUCCACCUGAGAAAAAUGUGGAAUUGUGCAAAGAAAUGGUGGAUGGCUUGAGAAUUACAUUCGACUUCACACUCCCACUGAUCCUCCUCUACCCAUAUGAGCAAGCACAAUAUAAGAAGGUGAUCUCAUCUAAAUUUUUUCUUCCUAUUAAAGAAAUUACAUCUUUUGGAAAUAGGAACCAAGAGGAAGUUUCACCAAGUCCACCACUUUUAAAUCCACCAACACCACAGUCCACAGACAGCCAGCCUACCACUGGAGAAUCCACAACUCCAAAGAGGCGGAGAACAGAGCCAGACAUCUUGCAGUCCUUGAGGCGCUCAACACGACACAGUACAAGUUGUGAUAGGAUGUCCGAGAGUAGCGCUUCUCCACAGCCCAAGCGACGGCAUCAAGAGACACCAACUUCAAUGCCAAAGCUAUUUCUACACUUAGAGAAGAAAACGCCUGUUCAUAGUGGCUCAUCAUCACCAAUUACUUUAACUCCCAGCAAAGAGGGAAGUUCUGUGUUUUCUGGACUUGAAGGUCGUCGAAACAAUGAGCUCAAUGAGGUGUUGUCUUGGAAACUAAUGCCAGAAAAUUACCCUCAAAGUGACCAGCCACCUCCUCCUUCCUAUAUAUAUGGCUCGCAGCAUUUACUUCGUUUGUUUGUGAAACUUCCAGAAAUAAUGGGGAAGAUGUUCUUUGCGGAGAAGAACUUGAAGGUUUUGCUCAAGCACUUUGAACUUUUUCUAAGAUUUCUUGCAGAAUAUCAUGAAGACUUUUUCCCAGAGUCGGCGUAUGUGGCCGCCUGCGAGACACAAUAUAGCACCAAGAAUCCUCGUGCUAUAUACUGAAGUUACCAUCCAGCGUGGUCAUUCUUGAUUCCUCCAUUUUGUGAACUCUUUGGACGCCUCAUAAGUUUUGUUGUAUAUUUUGGAAAGUUGAUGUGAAUUUGUGAAAAGGACUUAAGAAACGCAUGUAAUGAACAAGCAGAUGAACAGAGGACUCUUGCUGCAUUCUUUCUCAACACUUUCUGUAAAAGAAAACCGGAGGGACAAAAUGGAUUUCCCAGAAGUCACUUCACAACAAGGAUUUUAAAAUGUCAUCUGCUUUUAUGAACUGUCACGUUGAAUUGUGUAAAAUAAACUUUGUGUUUAUGAAAUGA